UCCGUGUCCAAGGCACUCUUGGCAGGAGUCUUUGUAUUGGGAGUAGGCCUUGGAGUGACGAUUGACUCUCAAGUGAACACAAACCCAAAGGAUUUGGCAUCGCGUGAUGCCAUUGACAAUGCCGCUCCCAAUCCCACUCUAUGUGCGAAACUGGGGGCAUCGGCGAUGGCAUUUGAUCAGCGAGUGUUUGUAUCUUUCAAUCCUUUCAACGUCUAUGUAUCACAAGCCGAUGUUAAGCCCGCAUGUGUUUUGCGAGAAGCCAACGUGGUUCCAAUCCUGAAAGCACGAGGAUUAAUCAAUGACAAUGAAGUCCGCUCGUGUAAGCAAAAUAUGAACACAUGGGCUUUUGUCGGAAGCCUAGAUGACACGCCUCAGCUAAGCUGCGUGUACAGGAGCCAAGAUGCCCAAAAUGAGUUCUUAUCC